AUGUAUUUAUACAGAUUUAAGGAUGUAUUAUUUAUAUACACCUGUCUUUUAUUCGUGAUAUAUAAGAUUCCUGGGAUUCGACCACACCAUUUCUCAUAUUCACUGAGUAUAUCUGAUAAUCAGCAAGGAUUCCACGGGAAUUUGGGUAGAAAAUACAGUUAUAUUAAAAGUACAGGUGACAUAUCGCAUAAAUUACUGAAUGGAAGUAGCAAUGUGUGCAAUGGGUACACAUUUAUUAGCAGAGCUCCAAGUAAAUCGCAUUCUAGAAGCAAAUACGUGCUAUCAGCAAAGAAGUUUGAGUUCGAUGAGAGAGAAGCAAGAAGAGCAAGACACAGGAAGCAGGUGGCGGAGGCCAUGCUGAGAAGGAAGAUGGCUAAAAGGACAAUGAGGAGAAUAGUUGAGUCAGUAAAAAGAACGAGCGAAGAACAAAAGGAGCUGCAAGUCCAGAAUUUUAUAGCAGAAGUGCAGUAUUACCCGAAUAGAAAGAGGCUACCUACGCCGCCAGACAUAUAUUCGCCAUCGUACGACGCACUGUUGUAUCUCAAGGGAAUACCGUACACGGCAACAGAGAAGAUGGUGUUCGAGUGGCUGAAAAACUACGAAGUAGUCAACGUGGUCUUCAUAAAGAACGAGAACGGAUUCUUUACAGGAGACGCGUACGUGAGAUGCGAAAACAUAGAAGUGAGAGAUAAAGCGUCGAGAGAGAUGGCAAAUAGAAUGAUAGGAGGAAGGUAUAUCCAAGUGUUCAGAGUAAACGAAAACGCAUAUUUGGAAUACUACCACGCAGGAUGCAGAAAGGAGCCUAAGGAAAGAAACUACAUAGACCCAUCGGUGUUAGUGAUAACAAAUAACCAGUAUCGCAAAUUGUUGGACCCAGAUUCAAAGGGAGGUGAAGGUGCAAGCGGACCACAAGUCUCAUUUGUGAACAAUAUAAACAAGAGUUUGGACAUAAGUGACGUAAAAACGGGACUUAGACUGGUGGGAACAGUAACAGAAAUAUACAGAAACGGAGUGAUAGUAGAGUGUAACAUAAGUGAAACCAGAGAUGGAGUGAAGGAAAAGGUGUUCUGCAUACUUAAGAAAAAUAGAAUUGCGAAAAACAUAGGGAUGCAAGGACAACAACACGAGUGGCUGAGAAUGAAACAGCUGAUACUGUACCCAGGAAUAAGGUUAAACCUGUACGUGGAAAAGGUGAGAGAGACCACAGCACAAAACACAUUCGACGAAGACAUGUGGAAGGAGCACUUCGAAGAGUCACUAAUAGAAACGUAUUUUGACAUGGAUGCGAACGAGGAGAAGCAGAAGAAGACGAAGAGACCACUGGUGUAUUUAACAAUGGAUUCCUCAGUGAGCGAAGACAAGGUGCUAUGGUGGGAGAAGAAGAUACUGAACGAGGUGCUGAGUAGGCACCAGACGAGAAACUGUGAAGACAUAGUACUGAAGGAGGACAUAAAGGAGACCAUAAAAGCUGACAGGAUGUUGACAAAUAAAGUAAAAGUGGAGGAAUUGCACCAAGGAAAUACAGUAGUAUACGGAAAUAAGCCGAAUCAAAUAAUGUUAAGUAAGGAUGACAGAGGAUUAAAUGAUUCACAUGGUACUAAACAAUAUGAUUCACAGGAGGAUAAGAGUCAAGCAGUGGACGUGCGAGGAAAAUAUAUGGGCGAGGAUUAUGGCCACGGAAGUGAAACUGAGUUACCAGAUGAUGUGCCAAUAGGGAGUUUGUUAAAACACACACGAGCAGAUAACGAUAAGGUGUUUCUGUUAGAAGCUGGUGAUAGUAAUGGUGAAAAGGAAAAUGAAAAGGGAGAUAAAAUAGAAUUCAUAGACCUGAAUUAUAAGAAGUUGGUAAAAAGGUUCUUCAAGAAUACAACAAUCUAUGACAACGAUAUACAGUUCCACGAUUUUGAUACUGAAAUAGAGGAUGUGGAAGAGAAAGAUGAUUUGGAAGAAUCAGAAGAAGCCUUAGAAGACUAUAACUGGACACUAGAGCCUGAAGCAAGACUUGAUUUAAACUCGUUUCCGAAGCUAUCACUGACAGAUGGAGCAAUAAAAAUACCACCAAACGGGCUUAUACUAAGAGAAUCGGAAGUAAAUAAGAUGAAAAAUGAACAAGUAAAGGGAGUAUUGGAGCUACUGGGCAAGGAAACAAAGGAAUCAUACGACGAAAAUAAGGAGUAUUUGGUCGAAGUAAUAAGAAAGGAAGGAGUGCCAAACGAAUCACUGCCGCAAGCGUUGAUACAGAGAGGACUGCAGAAGGUGAAGAGGUCGAAGAAGUAUAUGAAGAACAUAGUGAAUCUGACAAAGGACCUGACGGAAAGGAAGUUCAGCCAGGAGGACCUGGAUGCAGCAACGACUGAGGAGCUGGAGAUGCUGGUGGAGGAGGGGCUCUACAAGUUCCUUAACUGGAACCCACCAUUCGACAUAAAAAAGCAAUUUAUAACAAACUACCACCACCUGCUGGAGGAUAACGUAAAUCUGCCGACAAUCGCAGAAGUGGUGCCAAAGCCAGGGUUCAUUAAGUCGACAGAAGAGAGUGAGUCAAACGAGGAAAGUAGAUUGGCUGAUGGAAGCGAUGAGUACACAAAGACGGUGGAAAAGAUGUGGAAUGACAUGAAGUGGCUAAUUGUGAUAUUCAUAUACGGAGACCAGGGAGACCUGAAGGAAAUAGUGGAGCAGCUGGAAAGGACCAGGAACACUGAAGGCGCUCGAAAGAAGCUGGAAUCUCUGAUAAUUGAGGCGAAAGAAGACUAA